AUGUCUUGCAAACAGCAGAAUCAGCUGGAGUUGAGUAUUACAGGGGAAGCAGUCAGAAAUGCAGUGAAGUCUUUCACCCUAUCGAAGCGAUACACACAGAUCAUGGUCAGAGCUUCUAUAUUGAACAUUCUGUAUCGCAGGAUAUCUGUUACCGAUUCUUGUUUGAGAAUCAAAAAGUACGAUAAUAUUCCCUAUGUUGUCUUCAAGAGUUUGAAAAAUAUAGAAGAUCCCUUGCUCACUUUGUAUCUGUCAUGGAUAGGUGGCAUAAAAGAUGCGAUAGAUAAGAAUUACUUAGCAGAAAUUUUCAUUUUUAUGAAGAAAGACGAGGAAGUGUUGGAGACUUACAGGUUUGGGUUGAAAUACAACACGGAACAAAAAAAUGAAAACCAGCGUACUUUCAAAUACGUCAAAGACGAUACGUUGGCUCUUUUCCAAGUGAUUUGCGACUUGGACAAGAUGAAGAAGCUCUGCAAAGGAACAAAACUCGAAAUCGAGUUUACUUACUCUGACAUAACUCCUCCAGAAUACGAACCGCCAGGCUUCGCACCAGCAAUUCAACCGAAUUGCAUGAAAAUUGACCCUUGUGAUGUGCAUUUGGGGACAUUGCGUACAGGAUAUCAUAAAUUGACAUGCAGAGCUCGAGGAUUAAUAAUAGAUGAAAGAGCUCUAACACCUCUGCCUGCUUAUACUGAAGAUGAUGAGUUCAAGGAAAGCGUAGAUGAAAAUAAAAUGGAUGUAGAUCAAGAGGUUUCCACUAAACUUAAUAAUAAGAGAAAGAGAUCGACAUCGCCAAAUAAAAAGAUCAUUGUCCAUGAAGAAAUCAUCAUCCUAGACGAAAAUGAAAGGAGUGUUAAGAAGGGCCCGAAUAAUGGGAACAAAUUCAACACUAGCAAUAUCACUAUUUCUGACUGUCAGGAUGACGACAACAACGCCACCAUGCUGAGCAACGACCUCAACGAUUCCUGUCGUACCGCACCCAAUACGGCCACUGCGCCUAAUAUGGCCACCACGGUGCUCGAUUGCGUCUGCAAGCUGACGCUGCCUGCACAUGCGCAAACGGGCACAAUCGCGUGCGGCAGGUGCGGGCGGCGUUGCCAUGUGCCGUGCUGCGGCUUCUUGAGAGACGAAGAGGCGGUCGGCGCGGAGUUCUAUUGCCUACGAUGCGACACGAACGACAAGACCAUGUCGUCGUUCAGUGCCAGCGAUGCCAAUCUGGUCGCCAUCAUAAGAUUAAUUUUACAUCAUUUGAAUAAAACUAAAACGCUUCCCGAAGACAUCAUGGAAUUGAUAGACGAACCUCGCAAAAAAAUGAUAUUCACGAAGUUGAAGGAAUUUGAUAUUUUCACAAUCGACGAGGAUACCAAAAAAGGGGUAUUCAAUAGAUCAAAUCUAGAUGUGAUAGUCCCACUUCUUUUCAAUACAGAUAAUUCACAGUUUCUCAAUUAG